UAUCACUUGCAAUAACCUCAAUGGCUCCUCGUAGAAAGGUUACACUUACACCCAUAUGUUUGCUAGUAUACUUAUGGUGUUUUGGGGUGUUUAUGACAUUAGCCUGGGGUUCAAAGGCUAGACAUUUCAAAUGGGAAGUCGAUUACAUGUACGCUGCACCCGAUUGCUUAGAAAACGUGGUCAUGGGCAUCAACGGUCAGUUCCCUGGCCCAACCAUCAAAGCUCGGGCAGGUGACACUGUUGUUGUCCAUCUUACAAACAAGCUUCAUACCGAGGGUGUCGUUAUUCAUUGGCAUGGUAUUCGACAGCUUGGAACACCAUGGGCUGAUGGAACUGCAUCCAUAUCACAAUGUGCCAUAAACCCUGGAGAGACUUUUGUGUACAGGUUCAAGGUUGAUAAGGCGGGUACAUACUUUUACCAUGGACAUUACGGGAUGCAAAGAUCAGCAGGAUUGUACGGAUUGUUGAUAGUGGACAUUGAGGAGGGAAAGAAGGAAAGUUUCCAUUAUGAUGGGGAGUUUAACUUGUUGUUAAGUGAUUGGUGGCAUAAAGGUGCUCACGAACAAGAGGUUGAUCUUUCGACCAAUCCUAUGCGUUGGAUCGGUGAACCCCAGAGUUUGCUAAUAAAUGGAAGAGGACAAUAUAAUUGUACAUUAGCAGGAGCGCAUAAUAGCAAUGGCUCAAGUCUACCGGUGUGCAAAUUUAGAGGAAAUGAACAGUGCGCACCAAACAUCUUACAUGUGGAGCCAAACAAGACAUACAGGCUGAGAGUGGCCAGCGCUACUGCUUUAGCAUCACUCAACCUUGCCAUUGGGAACCACAAGAUGGUGAUGGUGGAAGCAGACGGGAAUUAUCUCCAACCAUUUUCGGUUAAUGACUUCGACAUAUACUCUGGUGAAACAUAUUCAGUCAUAUUCCGUACAGACCAAAAUCUUUCCAACAACUAUUGGAUCUCGGUGGGUGUGAGAGGAAGAGAACCAAAAACCCCUCAAGGUUUAGCGAUAUUACACUAUAAGUCCACCACUACAUCAAAACUUCCCAAUCUUCCCCCUCCCAAGACCCCACAAUGGAACGACUACACCCGAAGCAAAUCGUUCACUAACAAAAUUCUUGCCUUUUCAGGGUCACCACGACCUCCAACCAAUUACAGUCGUCGAAUCUUCCUCCUCAAUACCCAAAAUCGUAUCAAUGGUUAUACCAAAUGGGCCAUUAACAAUGUGUCACUAAACCUACCCUCAACCCCUUACUUAGGGUCAAUAAAACAUGGUUUGACUAGUGCCUUUGACCAAAAAAGUCCACCCGAGACCUUCGUUAACACAUAUGAUAUCACUAUGCCCCCAUCAAACCCCAAUGCGACAUAUGGGAAUGGGGUUUAUAAGCUAGAAUUUGGCAAGACUAUUGAUGUGAUACUACAAAAUGCGAAUGCUUUAAAUGCGAAUGUGAGUGAGAUACACCCAUGGCAUCUUCAUGGGCAUGACUUUUGGGUAUUAGGAUAUGGAGAGGGGAAAUUCUCCAAGAAAGAUGAAAAGAAACUCAACUUGCAAAACCCUCCAUUGAGAAAUACGGUUGUUAUAUUUCCUUAUGGAUGGACAGCGUUAAGAUUUGUUACUGAUAAUCCAGGUGUAUGGGCGUUUCAUUGUCAUAUAGAGCCUCAUUUGCAUAUGGGCAUGGGUGUGGUUUUUGCUUCAGGGGUUCAUCUAGUGGGGAAGAUACCGGAUGAGGCUCUUUCUUGUGGUUUGACAGGUAAGCUGCUAAGAAGCAAUAACCAUAAUUAAAGGGGGGUAAUUAUUUAACCCCUAAAUUUUUGAGGGGUUGUUUCUUAUUUAAUGAUAUAUGUGUGGGGUAAAAUUGCAUUUUUGUAAACUUUGAGGAUUUGUUGAAUGAACCCUAAAACUGCUUAUAGUUGA